CGAGGGAGCGGGGCUGCGGGACGGCGGCACUGCGGGGGUCGCGUUGGCGGUGCUGCGCUCCGAGGGUGCGAGGUGCGGCGGGCGCGGAGCUGCCCGAGCGGUGCGUUCCGAGGGAGCGAAGCGUUCGUUCAGUUCCCAGUGAAAAAGAAACAAAUGAUAAUAAUAAUAAAAAAAACAAAAACAAAAACACACUGAAGGAGUGCGGGGAGCGGAGCAGCCCGCAAGGUCACCGCGCCGGGGGGGAGGAGGGAGCGCUCCCGACUCCCGACCCUCGCGAUCGCGGAGCUCGCACCAUCCGUCAGAGGAUUUUUUUCUUAUCAUUUCGAUUGCUCCUGAGCACGCUCGGGUGUUGGGGCCGGAGGUGGGUGGGGACAGCGGUGCUCCGCGGUCCUGGGCAUUUCCCACCCGAAGGCGUGAGGAGGAGGAGGAGGAGGAGGAGGAAGAGGGCGAGGAAGGAGGAGGCGCGGGGCGAGAGGCUUUCCAGUUCCAGCGCCCACAACAAAGGAGCCCGGGCUGAGGCACGGCGUGAGCGGCUUCGGAGGGCGGCAGAAUGGGGAAACAGAAUAGCAAGCUGGCCCCUGAGGUGAUGGAAGAUCUGGUGAAGAGCACGGAGUUCAACGAACAUGAGCUAAAACAGUGGUACAAAGGAUUUCUAAAGGACUGUCCAAGUGGUAGGCUGAACCUUGAGGAGUUUCAGCAGCUUUAUGUAAAGUUCUUUCCGUAUGGAGACGCUUCCAAGUUUGCCCAGCACGCCUUCCGAACCUUUGAUAAAAACGGAGAUGGGACCAUCGACUUCAGAGAGUUCAUCUGUGCACUGUCCAUCACCUCCAGAGGCAGCUUUGAGCAGAAGCUAAACUGGGCCUUCAACAUGUACGACCUGGAUGGUGAUGGGAAGAUUACAAGGGUGGAAAUGCUGGAAAUCAUAGAGGCCAUCUACAAAAUGGUAGGCACUGUGAUAAUGAUGAAGAUGAAUGAGGAUGGCCUGACGCCUGAGCAGCGGGUAGACAAGAUCUUCAGUAAGAUGGAUAAGAACAAAGACGACCAGAUCACACUGGAUGAAUUCAAAGAAGCUGCAAAGAGUGAUCCUUCCAUUGUAUUACUCCUGCAGUGUGACAUUCAAAAAUGAGCUUGUGUAUAAUUCAUCAUAGACUGCACAGAAGUUUAAUGUUCCAUUCAGUUUGCAGCUAUUUCCACACACACAGAAAUUUGCUUGGACUACCUAUAAAUGGACUUGCUUCUUGUGUUUGAAACACUUGUGUGCAUGAGAAUGUCAUUUGCUAAAGAAUUUUAAAAGUAUAUAUUAUAAAAAUAAACUGCCACAACGUGAUGUGUGCAAUGUCAUUUCAUACCAACCCUAUUCCUCUGAAGCCUGUGCAGCAGUCCUGUGCUGCAGUGAAUUAUAUUAUUUAUUGUUCAUGUUUUACUGAUGCUAGCUCUGUGUCUCCUAGACUGAGUAAUGUUAGUGACACUGAAUUCCCAUGGUAAUGUUAAUUGUUUAUUAUAAACCAUGCCACCAUUCUGCUGUAAAGUAGUAUUGGACAGACAGAGGGAAGAGUUCCUCAGUUCUUGAGUCUGAUCCACACAUGUGCUCGUAUUGUCAGUGGAUAUAAAUGUACUUCAUUUGCAUGCCUUUUAGGUUUGCCUUAAUUCUUACCUCAUUUGCAUCCCUUCAAUCUGGAAAGAGCUAUGUCAGAGGAAUGCAGUAUAAAAAAAGCAAAUCCUGCUAAAAUGUUCCCCUUAAAAGUCUAUAUAAAU